AUGUCAAGCGAUGACGAAAGCGGCAUAGAAUAUUAUGGGCUGAAAAAGGGUAAAUCUGAAGUACUCCUUGGGUUCAAUUCGGAUUCGGAGGCUGAGAUCGAUGAUAGCGACUCGGAGAAGGAGGGAGAUGACUCUCCGAAGGAUGACGAUAAAAAUGAUCCUAAUGAUGAGACUCAUGACACUGACGACGAUGAUAUGUUUGCUAGUGGAGACGACGAUCUGAUUUCGGAAACCAAGUCUAGGAAGAAGUUCGACAUGGACGAGUUCGAGAGAGAACAGGGUAUUGGUAAAUACGAUGAAGAGAAGUUAAUCGAGAGUAACGACGAGAAAUUCAAUCUCGUGGACGCUGAAGAGCAAAGAAGACAGCAAAUAUAUUAUGGCAAUAUCGAGGUACUUAAAAAUGACACGGAAAGGCCGAAACAAGAAGUAACGAUAGAGGCCUUCGAUCUUCGAGAAGAGGCCGAGAAAUUUGAGUUCGAUAAGAAUAUGAACGUUGUUAGACAAAAGGAUGACCUGCAAAAGGAAGAAGCAUGGCUUAUUGACGUGAAUGCAGCUGAUAUAGAGAAAGCCAGGUUAGCUCAGGCAAAAAACCAAGCCCAAACAAAGAUUAGGCCAACUAGAUGCACAAAAGAGCUACUUACCGAUUUGAUAACGGCAUUGGAGCCCUCAGAGACACCUUUGGAGGCUCUAUCGAGACUAGCUCCGCAAAAGAAGGGGCGCAAGAGUAAAAAUCUCUUGAAACAUUUAGACGAAAAACUUCGAAAGCAACAGGUAUACGAGAUAACUGGCGCAUGCGACGAACUAAUGAACGACAAAGGAUUUGCGAAGCUAUUUGAUUUGAGUCGAGAAGACUUGAUGCGAAUAUAUAGACAAGAGACUGGCUCCGAUUAUAAGUUUGACAGAGGGCAAAAGAGGACUUUCGAUGAUGCUGAGAUCGAGGACGAUGAAACGGUGAAUGUCAUUGACUAUGGUCCCAAGAUCUGGGAGUUCCGCUGGAAGGGUGACGACCAGGUCAACGGACCUUAUUCAUCGUAUGAGAUGAACUACUGGAAGGUCAACUACUUUAAUGAUGAUGUAAUGAUACGCAAAAAGGGUGAAUCUGACUUCAGGAAGAUAACAGCCGAGGAUUUCGAGACACAAGCAUCACCUCUCGACUAG